UCCCCACACUUAUAAUGUGCUCUCUGGCAUGGGUACACACGCACGUAUGUUUAGGCUCCAUGUUCUGCGAAGCUCUUUCAGUAUGUGGCGCAGAAGAAGACCAGAAUUGAUGAUAUUUUGUAGUCUGGAAUAAUCCCUACGGGAAAAACCUCUUGCGGUUGUCUCUAUGAGUAUUCACAGACGCCAAGGAAUCUUCAUGUUUGCUGCUUCAAGCGAAAUUUACUUUUAAACUUCAACACCGUUUUCGAGACAUCAAGUGCUCUUUGUAGAGAUCGAGGCCCCCGAUAAGACAGAUUCACCUAACUUCAACACCGUUUUCGAGACAUCAAGUGCUCUUUGUAGAGAUCGAGGCCCCCUAUAAGACAGAUUCAUCUAAAUUCAACACCGUUUUCGAGACAUCAAGUGCUCUUUGUAGAGAUCGAGGCCCCCAAUAAGACAGAUUCACCUAAUUUCUUCACAGUUUUCGAGACCGCGAGUGGGCUACGACGAGUACAAUGAACAGGCGAUCGGUCUUGUCGUUGAUAUGUCCGGGGAGGCUCCUGACAGUAAGGAUGUUCGUCACGGUGCUCAUCAUCCAGAUGGUCGUCACACUCCUGAUCGUCCUGUCUACCCGGUACUCCGAUGCGACCAGGAAAGGUGUCGAGCUCGGCAUCGUUAUACGUGGCAAUGGUCGACAUAAACACCGCCCUCACCACCACCCGGAAGUAGAAGUACCCGAGAGACCGAAGUUCAAGCGGCCAUCAAUCGACCUAAAUGCAAUAAACAAGUUCAGAAAACUCGGCUUUAACGUCUCGUCUGUACACAGAGAGCCCAUGAUACCUGUACCAAGCAAAAUGGCCGAACUCAAGGAGGCCCUCUCGGAGAAUGUACUUCCGGGUCUUUUCCAGAUUUUCCGGACAGACAGCCAACAGUUCACCUACGACACGCCCCCACCGUUCGUCAUCCUCACAGCUACAGAUAAAAACUUCAUAGACCUGGCGGAGAAUUGGCGCGAGAGCAUACGACGACUCGGGCUAUCCUAUGACGUACUACUAAUGGCAGAGGAUGAGGAAUCGCACAAAUAUUUCUUCGAGCGAACCACUGAGAGGUUUCGAACCGUUCUAUCCACCCAGUUCGCAUUGCCCGGAAAACUCGCCAAAAACAUCUCCACGUACCAGCAACUGAUUCGCCGACGAACCGUCUACAUCCUUUCAAUCCUUCAGUCCGGAUAUGACGUACUACUCGUUGACAUCGACGCGGUUUGGUUUAAAGACCCCGUCAAGCUAGUACUCGACGAAUAUGAUAAGUACGACAUAUGGCUCGCACAGGGAAAGCAGGCGCGUUUCCCUUGCCCGUGUUUCUUCUACAUGAAAUCUACCUCAGUUGUGAUUAAGAUGGUUUACGACUGGAUCGAAAGACUAGCCUAUUAUGGGGGCAAAGUGGAAACGGACCAAGUAGCGUUGUCUUUUAUUCUGGCGGCGAAUAAACGAAAUUUGGGUAUCAAAUAUUUCGAUUAUUACGAAUUUCCGAUUGGGAAACAGUUUUUCAAUUGGACAUGGCAUGAUCAGUUUGCUGAUCGUGUGUAUAUAGCGCAUGGGAACCAUUUAGGGAGAUCGGUCGGAAAGGUUUCGAAAUUCAAGGAAUUCAAGGUAUGGCUUAUUGAUGACUAGGCUUUACCUUCAACUAAGACGAAUGAACUGAGUUUGCAGAUGCGGUCAGAACUCUAACUCUAAAAGGAAGCACGUCAGUUGUCACGCAUAAAGGCUUGGUAAUUACAUGGCGUUGUAGGCCAUCGCAAACAAAGUUGGUGGCCAGAUGCCAUUAUUGAUUACUAACUAUAUAGAUUAUCAGUUGAUUACUGGUCUCUACUGGAUAAUCAACUAGUAUAUCAACUUGUAAAUCUAGUGGUUUUUAAAUGGUAAAUCAACUAGAAAUAUAAACUGGUCUCAGAUGUCAACGGGUUUUUCAACUGGGUUUUCAACUGGUCCCAUUUAGCGGCGUUUCAAUGUCUAUAUUAAAAAACAGUUUAAAAUAUUGGUUUCAACUAGUGUCAGUUGCAAACUGGUUUUAACUGGUUUCGACUUGGCACUUGCCAAGUUGAUGUGCGUAUGCGCGUAAUACACUUUACGUCAUCAUACAUUAAUGCAAACGCCGCUGUUUCGUCGUGUCGCCUGUAAAUGCAGCUAAGCGAAAUGUAAUGGCACAAAGAGACGCUCCCGGAAAGCAAAUUGCAUAAUUGUUGUUUUAACAUCAUAAUAACUCUAUUAGGAGAUUGAGUUGGUAAGUGCAUAUACCAGGUUUGACGAAGCUUUCCGUUAGCUGAACUAUCAUACAGAUAAUAUCAAACAAGAAUUGUUAAUUAAGAAACUAAAACGUAACACAAGUUCCAAAUUGCGAGACUGUAGGCCUGCAACAUGUUAAGGACGUAUUAGAAGUCAUAACCUUUACUUGCAUACAUUCGUAGUACAGUAGUAUAUGCCACGGGCUAGUUUAUAGAUCUUAUUUCCAUGUGUUGAUCGAACAGUGUCGCAGAAGAGAGGAUGAAAUGUUCAUGUCUUUCAAUCAUCUCGUUCUUUAAUUAAAGAAUGAUAUUGUAAUAAAUGCUUUUAACAAUUGA